AUGGUGCCCGUCGAGCGAUCCGGAGGUAAGGGGCUUUAUCCGCACUAUGGGAGGGUUCUUUGGAGUCCCCGCAUAGACACCAAAUUAGCAGUUAUCGCCCUAGUUGUUACAAGCCUCCAAGCCUUCCCUAGCUACAGGGACAAUCUUCCCAACGGGUACAAUGUGCCCCACCCUUGUGACAGCAUAAGGAAAUGGGAUGGUGUCGGACAUGAAAAUCCUAUGGGUGGGGGCGCCAUAAAUCCCUUCGGAGUGGACUUUAAAGUUAACAACGUGGUUUGGGACGCCGCAUUUUGCCGGAAGGACUCGGAUGGAGACGGACGGACGAACGGAGAAGAAUUGGGGGACCCUAACUGUGUGUGGAUGAAGGGGUCGGUCCCUCAGGUUACAACUGGGAUCACUCAUCCGGGCGUAUGUGAUCCGAUCGGUAGCAGCAAAUGCGCUGGAAAGAAUGCGUUUGUAAACUGCCUAAAUACAGGAGAGAUUGUGUGCCCCGAUAUACACCGAAAUGAAACAAGAAGGCUCGCAUACCGGUUCCCGGCAACAAAUGUCCCGGCCCAGGAAACCACAUACAUGUGCAUGAACAUCGAACUUCCGGAGGACAAGGCCUACCACAUGAUUGCCUUUGAACCAAUCAUCGACAACAUUGAAGUAAUGCAUCACAUACUCGUCUAUGGAUGCCCAGGACUAAAAACACCACCUGGUCCGCUGAAUCAAACGGAAAUGUGUACGGCAAUGAAGUCCCAAUGCUCAGAAUUGGUUGGCUUGUGGACAGUAGGUACCGGCGCGCACUGCUUACACGAGAACAUGGGGUUCCAGGUCGGUGCCGGAGGACUCAAAUAUGCAAUCAUUGAGUUGCACUGGAACAAUCCAAAGCUAGUUUCAACCUACGCGGACAGUUCUGGAAUGGCAUUUUAUCUAACCACAAAUCUCCGCAAAUACAACGCGGGAACGCUUAUGAUUGGUCAGACGUACUUACAGAUCCCUCCCUUCGCCGUCGGUCACACUGAAGUUGGCUCCUGUCCAGGGGGCUGCACUCGUCAAAUAAUGACUAGCAAGAUCCAUGUCACCGAUGUGAGCAAUCACAUGCACUUUUUAGGGAAGUCAAUGAUUACAGAGUUGAUACGGAACGGCACCAGAGUCCAGUAUCUGGCAAAGGACGAUGUCUUCGACUACAACGUACCAACAGUCCACAGUUACGUUGAGCCGGUCGUGAUACAUCCGGGAGACGAGUUGAAGACGACCUGCGUGUACCAGUCUAAAUCACGUGACGCGACCACGUGGUUUGGCGAAGGAACGCAAGAAGAAAUGUGUUUUUCCUUCCUCUUCUACUACCCGAAGGAAAACAUGGCAUCAAAGUGUACGUGA